UCUUUUCUUUCUCGUGGCCUGUAGAUUCUCCAUUGUAGUUGAAACUUGAAACCCCAAGGCCCAAGUCAUUGGCCGAAUGGGCUCAAAUUGUGACAAAUCCAAAGUCAUCAGCUUGAUAGACGCUUUCUAAUCUAUCUUAAAAGGAAAGGCUGAAUGGGUUCAGAUUGUGCCAAGUCAGCAGGCCGAACCCUGUAGAAUCGUCGACGAAUGGGCUGGGUUUUCUUCUUCUUCCUCUUUUCUUUUCUUUUGAGAAAAGGGUUUUAACUUUUCUUUUCCUUCACGUUCACGAAUCACGCUGCUUGGAAAGGAGAGGUUAAACGGCCCCAGAAGCGUGAGGAGUGAAUGAAUCUGUCUAACUCCCAUCCAAUUUCCAAACCCUUGACUGAUUCUACUUCGGGGGAAGCCAUUUGCUAUUUUGCAAGUAGAAGUAAAUGGGUUUGAUCAAGAGCACCUUCUCGUUCCUUAUGGGCACGGUGUUCGGAGUCUACGUGGCCCAAAACUACGCCGUCCCGAAUAUCAGGAAGCUCGCCGGCACUGGGCUUCUCAUAGCGCAGCACAUCGAAGAGACUUACCGCAAGCCGAAGAAGAGGAACGACGAUGAUUAGUUCCACUGGUUUUGAGGACGUUUUCUUCUUGUAUUUUUUGGAGGAUGGGGAUUUGUGGUGAAAGUGAUGGUCGUUGUUGGUUGGGAUAUUUCUGAUUGUGAUACGGAAUUUUUUAAUGAAGAAUUGAGCAACUUUUUGCC